AUGACAGAGAUAUCAUUCGAUUUCAGCACCCUCUACCUUAGCUGUCCAGUUGACAUCUUGAACGAACGUCUUGAAGCCAGGGCACGAUCAUCUAAUCGACCGGAUGAUCUAGAUGCCAGGAUUCGGAUUUCGAGGGCGCAAAAGUUCGAGGCGAGCAAUCCGGCUCUUUUAGCAGAGCUCAGACACCAUCCAUUUCGAGAGGUUGACGGGAGCCGUACGGAGGGUGAUGUUGCAAAUAACGUUCAGGUUUGCCUACAGGAGUUACGCUCUGAAAUGGAGACGAAGACUUAA